AGGAGCUGGGCCAGGGCGCCGCUGGCCGGCCCGCCUGGCCCUCUCGGCGCCGCGCUCGCAGAAGUCCGAGUCGUCCCGGAGGUCUGGCGGGAGCUCGGCACGGGCAUGCACAGCACUCGGCUUGACAGCUUCUUGGGCCAGCUCCGCUGGGAACUGUUGUGCGGCCGGGACUCGGGCUCACCGCCCAUGCCUGGCCCCCUCCCACCGCCUCCCAAACCCAGCACAGGUGUGCAGCUGCGACACCGACUCAGGGCUUCGGAUGCUGCCUUGGAGGAGGACUCUGUCUGCUGUGUGGAGGAAGAGGAGGAAGAAGCAGUGGGGACAGGACACAGAAGUAUAGCCUUGGGGGGACCCAGGGAGAAUGCCCUGGACUGGGACUCUGGCUUCUCCGAGGUGUCGGGCAGCACAUGGAGGGAGGAAGAGCUGCCUGUACCCCAGCACCCGGCCCUCCCAGUGCCCCCAGCACGCCUGCGGAGACAGCGCCUCUCCACCAGUGGCCUCCCCGUGCCCAGUGUACCUGUGGCCAGGGUACCACCAACCCGCCGCCCAAGGCCCAAGUCCACCCCCGACGCCUGCUUGGAGCACUGGCGGGGGCUGGACUCCGAGGACUGGACAGCAGCGCUGCUAAGCAGAGGGCGCAGCCGGCAGCCCCUGGUGCUGGGGGACAACUGCUUUGCAGACUUGGUACACAACUGGAUGGAGCUGCCCGAGGCAGCAGGUGAGGGGGACCCUGAAGGUGGGUCCCGAGCCCGUACUCGCCCCCCGCAGUUCCUACUUGGCCUCUCUGAGCAGUUGCGGCGCCAGCUGUCCAGGGCACGGCGGGCAGCCAUGGCAGGCAAGCGGCUCUCAUGCCCACCUCGCUCAGAGCCUGAACUGCCUGCAGAUGUCUCACGCUUCGCAGCCCUCAUGAGCUGCCGCAGCCGCCAGCCCAUCAUCUGCAAUGAUGUUGUCAGCUACCUCUGAACGCUCUCUUCAUCUCCCUCAGUCAGGGACA